AAACAUGAUCUCUCCGAAAUUCCAUUUCUGUACCAUCUCUCUCCCUCUCUCUCUCUCUCUCUCUCUCUCUCUCUCUCUGCCAUUGACGACAUCGACAAGCCGAGACAAGAAAAUCUCCUGCUACUAUUCGCUGGAAACCUCUCCUGUAAACCGUCAAAGCAGCCAAGCAGGGAUGGAUUUGGGUUCUCCCAAUUCGAGAUUGGAAGAGAUUAAUGAUGCUCAGAAAGAGGAAGGUUCCUUUUCUGUCGGAAAACUAGACCUUAAUCUUGCAGUGAGCAGAGAAGAAGGGAGUGAUGCUUAUGGCCGUGAGACAGUUACAGUGGAUUUGAAUAGGCAGAGUAAACAUGGCUCCCCUUUCUUUCCUGCUGGUGUUCGGUGUGAGGAGUCAGAUUCCUUUUCCAUGAAAUCCAGUUUGUCUGGGAGGACUGAAUUCGAACAUGAUGAGGUUGGGGAAAAAUCUUUUAUUCAUGAUCCAGAGGGUUUGAAGUCUCCAUUAAAGGACACGCAUUACCAAGGUGGAACUGGGUCCUUAUCUUACAGUCCCUCUGGUAAAUCUUCAUACCCACAUGACUCAGAAAUGUCUCCAGAUGAAAGAAAUGAAGAAGCCUAUCGCGUGUGGGAAUCUUCUAGGAUAGCUGAUACCAGCUAUCAGGAGGAAGAAGAAGAAGAAGAAGAAGAAGAAGAAGGAGAAGAAGGAGAAGAAGAAGAAGAGGAAGAAGAUAUGCAGAAGGUCAAUUUUGAUCCAGGCCGGGGAUACUCUGCUCUGCAUGAUGGAAAAGUAAAGGAUUAUUCUGGAAAUGCAUCUGGAGAUUCACAAAAUGAGAAAACUGAAUCAACCUAUGAGGAAGUAGAAAAGGGGGCGUCUGAUUACCAUGGAAAAAAGUUGUUGUCCCCUGAAAAGAUGCAAGACAAUGGUGACAAGAGCACAAGGGAAGUCUUCUACCAUUCAAGUAAUUCACCAUCUGAGAAUGGAAAGAUGGAGCGGCUUCGUUCUGAUCUUGACUCUCCACAAAUAACCCCAAAAAGACCUGCAUCAUCGGGGAGACAAAUGUCAGUUUCUCCUGAAAGGUCACCUUAUAUAGAACAAUCUCCACAAGAAAGACUAUCUUCACCACGGGGUGAUCAAGACCCAUCAUAUUACCCUAGAUCAUCUAGAGAAAGACAUUCCCCUAGAUCAUCGAGGAAGAGAUACUCACCUUCUCUUCAGAAGUUUGGUGUGGAAAGUAAAAGAGUUCCAUCCCAGAGAACUUCUAUUUCUCCAAAGAGGCGGUCUCAUCAAGAUUCACAGCACAGGGGUGAUGCAUCACCUAGAAGGAAUUAUUCUCCAUCAAGCCAUAGAAAACAAGAGAGGUCCAUGUUGAGAUCACCCAUCAGGCGCAGGGAUUCUUCUUCUGGUUCCAAAGGGGAUCAUCGUGGCAGAUCCCGGUCAAGGUCCCCGUAUGCAAGAGCCCAUUACAGAAGAUCCCCGAGGAGGAGAUAUUCCCCUAGCCACAGAUCUCCUCCUUCCAGGUAUUCUAGGAAGAGACCUUGGUCACCACCUCAUAAUCGGAACACUGGAAUCGGGAGACCUGGAAAUAAUCUAUUUGUUGCGGGCUUUAGCUUUGUGACUACGGAAAGAGAUCUUGAAAGGAAAUUUUCAAGGUUUGGCCGUGUCAGAAAUGUCCGCAUAGUUCGGGAUAAGAGGUCGGGUGAUUCUCGUGGUUUUGGCUUCCUGUCCUUGGAAAGAGAUGAAGAUGCAGAUGCUGCAAUUCGAGCUCUUGACAAGUCUGAAUGGAAUGGCCGGAUUGUCCUAGUAGAGAAAUCAAAUACACCAACUAGCUGAAGUACUGUUUUGUUUGGUCAUUGUUGCAAUGGUCAAAGCUGGUUGCGAAGUUUAAACCUAUUGGAGAUUCAGUUACAGCUGUCUCAGUUUUGUUUCAUACUCAUAGUCUGUGAAAUAUGGUAUAUUUGGACAAAUAGCAAGUAUGACUUGGAACAAGAUUCUUAACAAUGUAAAGAUUUUUCUUUAAUGCUUAAUAUCUUUGAACUCA